AUGCUUACAAGAGCAAGAUGCUCAAGCGGCAUUGGUACAGACCAGUUGAAGUACUCGACAGUGCUAAAACAUUUGCACAUUAUCUUUUGGGAGGCCAACACAAGAAAUUCCACGUUGACGAUGGUCAUUAUGAAAGCAUUCAAGAAGGAAAUGCACCAAUACAUUCUUGAAUUAAUGCAUGAUGGACUGCUGUUAAAAGCAAAGAGAGAACGAGCAGUGUUCAGCACUUCAGAAGUAACACUCACAGUAUCGAAACGUAUUACAAAACGAUCUGACCGCAAUAAACCUUACAAAAUCAUGAUCUGUGCACUGGUGAAAGAUGUGCAGCUAUUCAAAGCAACAAAUACGCAAUCAGGAGGAUAUACAUUCACCUUACGACUCACCAUCCGCCACUUCAAAAACAAUAAACCGGAUGCAGCACCAGUGGUAAAAGUCAUCACUUCAGAUGCGACAACAAGUGUAGCUGUGGAUGCGCCCACACUGAUCAUGGCACACAGCAUUUGUCAAGAAGUCUUUGACACUGAGUUCCAUACAUGGUAUCAUUCUGAUACAAAGCAGCUUCGCAUCAAAAACGAGUUUCUCGAGAAGCUAGUAUUCGUAUCAGAAACCAAGAAUCACAAGAUGUCCGAACAACCAUUGACAUCAAACUCAGUCCCACAAAUAAUCAAACUGCUGUUCUAUGAAGCUGGCCUCUCAGGUAGAUAUUAA